UUUUAUAUACCAAUAGAACCCCGAAAUUGGUUUCCAACCAUCAGUGAAUAUAAAUGACCCAGAAGGUUUUUACCCCUUUAUGGAGUCACUUUUACUGGACAUGGUGAAGAUGGGUGGUCUUAUCCCACGCGUUGAUCCUCAAUUAGUUGAAGAACGAGAAAAUUACUCGACUGACGUUGCUGAGGAGGAGGGCAUCGUAUUUAUGCUCGAAGAAAUUUGUAAUCGAGUGAAAUUUGCUCUGACAGAAAUGAAGGAGCACGCCGAGGUAUCACAUAGGUAUACACUACUUCUGAAGUCCAUAUUUAUUAAAAUUAACUGUUUCCAGAAAUACGAGUCCUUCUCUUGGUUGUGGCUGGACGAUAGACAAGAAUAUUUAUCGUACUACUUACAAUUCUCUCAAUACGUAAAUCCUGAAGUAAGGCAGGCUAUCAAGGACCAUCCAGAGUACCUUCCAGAAAAUAUGAAACUAAAGAAACCAGACCUGGCGGAUUUCAAACGCGAAAUCGAUUACUUCGUGGAACUAUACAAUCAAUGCGAUCGUAUGCCGAACGAAGAGAUCUUUAGCCGAUGGCUGAGGCUCGAUUUAAAGCCCUUCAAACAGGCUCUUUUGAACACUAUUUGCAAGUGGUCCAAUGUGCUCAAAGAACAUUUGGUCAAUAAGAUUACCACUCAACUGGAAGAUUUAUCAGAAUUCUUAAAAGCUGCGAUGGAGAACUUUUCAAAACCGAUUCACGAAGACGAUUACGAAGCGCUUUUGGAGACAAUUUAUUAUUUGAAAGAAGUCAGAGAUCGUCAGUUUGAAAUUGAGGAUAUGUUCGAUCCUAUCAAGAAAACGAUAGAACUCCUGCAGCAGUAUCAAGUAUUCCUGGAUAACAAGAUUUUCGAGUGGCUAGAAGAGUUACCACUCGCUUGGGAAUCAUUGAAAAAGGUAGCUGCUCAAGUGAAGCAAAUUGUUCAGCCUUUAAUGACCCAUCAAAUCGAGCUGCUGAAGAAGAGGCUGAGUUAUUACGACUUUAAGCAACAACAAUUCUUAGACGAAUUUCAUAGCAAAGAUGUGUUCAACACUGAUUGCCCGAAUCCUUACGAAGAACUGAAUAAAAUACACGAAAAGCUUCUCCAGUUCCAAAGUGAAGAACAGGCCUUGUACGAUCAGAGUGUGAUCUUCGAGCAAGAGACGCCUGAGUUUAAGGUGACCAAACUGAUAAAGAAGGAAAUGCAGAAUUUGAAAACUGUGUGGGAUUACGUGAACGUGAUUGGAACCAGUUUAAACGAAUGGAAGAAGACCACGUGGAAGAAACUGGACAUAGACUGGAUGGAUCAGGAAUGCAAGAAGCUUCUUAGAGAACUAAGACAACUGGACAAAGAUGUACGUCCAUGGGAAUUGUACAACAGCCUCGAGGCCCAAGUGAAGAACAUGAUGGCGUCAUUAAGAGCAGUCUCAGAACUGCAGAACCCAGCAAUUAGAGACAGGCAUUGGAGGGAAUUAAUGGCUGAGACACGAGUAGCGUUUAUCAUGACUGACAGUACUACGUUGGAAGAUUUAUUGAAACUACAAUUGCACAAAUUUGAGGAGGAAGUUAAAAACAUUGUUGCUAAAUCUGUGAAAGAAAUGGCGAUGGAGAAAGUGUUGAAGGAGCUCCAUGAUACUUGGAGUAAUCUGGAAUUUGGCAAAGAGAUACACGAUCGUACUAAAUUGAAUGUUCUUAAGAUCGAUGAAGAAACCAUAGAAAUCCUAGAAGAAAAUCAGGUGCAACUACAAAAUAUGUUGGGUUCGAAGUUCGUGGGAUAUUUUCUCGAAGAGAUUCUUGAUUGGCAAAAGAAAUUAAGCAACGCAGACGCAGUGAUUAACGCCUGGUUCGAAGUUCAGCGAGCCUGGAUGCAUCUCGAGAGUAUAUUCAUCGGUUCUGAAGAUAUCAGAAGCCAACUUCCGGAAGACUCGAAGCGGUUCGAAAAAAUUGACAGAGACUUCAAAGAACUUCUGAGAGAAAUGUCGAGCAAUUUAAAUAUCAUUAAAGCAACGAAUCGUCCGAAGCUCCUGGAAAAGCUGGAAGAAUUGCUAGUUCAGUUAAACGUCUGCGAAAAGGCUUUGGCGGAUUAUUUGGAAACGAAAAGAUUAAUUUAUCCAAGAUUUUACUUUAUCUCUGCGACUGAUCUUCUGGACAUUUUAAGCAACGGAAACAACCCUGAAUUAGUCUGCAAACAUUUGGCGAAAUUGUACGAUUCCAUAGCGAAGUUAGUAUGGAAAAUGGAUGGUUCGAAACCAACGAAACUCGCCACUGCAAUGGUUGCCAAGGAUGGCGAACACAUGGUUAUUUAUGGAAGUUGCGAUUGCAGUGGAAAGGUAGAAGUCUGGUUGAAUCACGUGACGGAUGCAAUGAAGAAAUCAGUGAGAUAUCACGUCUCUCAAGCGGUGGCCACUUACGACGAGAAGCCACGAGAGCAAUGGAUCUUCGACCACCAAGCUCAGCCUGCUCUUUGCGGAACUCAGAUUUGGUGGACCACCGAGGUGAACAUGGCUUUCAUGAGACUCGAGGAGGGCUUCGAGAAUGCUUUUAAAGAUUAUCAAAGGAAACAAAUCAAUCAACUGAAUGCUCUGAUUACGAUACUUUGCGGGGAGCUCGAUGAGAGCGAUAGAAGGAAGAUCAUGACUAUUUGUACAAUAGAUGUGCACGCUAGGGACGUUGUUGCAAAGAUGAUCGCGAUGAAGGCAGAGAAUUCUUCCAGUUUUCAGUGGCAAUCGCAACUCAGACAUAGGUGGGACGACAAAGUUGGUGAUUGUUACGCAGACAUUUGUGAUGCUUUCUUCAAAUACGAUUACGAAUACUUGGGGAAUGUUCCUCGACUGGUGAUAACACCGUUGACCGACAGAUGUUACAUUACUCUAACGCAAUCCUUGCAUCUUAUAAUGGGAGGAGCACCUGCUGGUCCCGCGGGAACCGGAAAAACGGAAACCACAAAGGAUCUAGGGCGAGCCUUGGGUCAAAUGGUUUAUGUGUUCAACUGUUCCGAACAGAUGGACUAUAAAUCCUGUGGAAAUAUUUACAAGGGUCUUGCACAAGUGGGAGCGUGGGGCUGCUUUGACGAAUUCAACCGUAUAUCCGUGGAAGUACUUUCAGUGGUGGCUGUACAAGUAAAAUCAGUAUUGGAUGGCGUGAAGAGCCGUAAACCGACGUUUCUAUUCUUUGGCGAGGAACUUAAUCUUGUUCCUACCGUUGGAAUGUUCAUCACUAUGAAUCCUGGUUACGCCGGAAGAACCGAGUUGCCGGAGAACUUGAAAACUUUGUUUCGGCCUUGCGCGAUGGUGGUCCCGGAUUUUGACCUUAUUUGCGAGAUAAUGCUGGUAGCGGAAGGUUUCCAAGAAGCUAGAUUAUUAGCAAGGAAGUUUAUAACGCUUUACCAACUUUGCCGAGAACUUUUAUCGAAACAGGAUCACUACGACUGGGGUCUGAGAGCGAUCAAAUCGGUUCUCGUGGUAGCUGGAAAACUGAAGAGAGACGAUCCUCAAAGACCAGAAGAACAAGUACUGAUGCGAGCCCUCAGGGAUUUUAAUAUCCCGAAAAUCGUUACGGACGACGUACCAGUUUUUAUGGGACUGAUUGGUGAUUUGUUCCCUGCUUUGGAUGUACCUAGAAAAAGGGAUUUUGAUUUUGAGAAAACAGUUAGAGAUUCUGCUGUGGAUUUGAAAUUACAACCAGAAGAUGGAUUUAUAUUGAAGAUUGUUCAAUUAGAAGAAUUACUUUAUGUUCGCCAUUCGGUUUUCAUCGUUGGAUUCGCUGGAACAGGGAAGACUCAAGUUUGGAAGACGCUAAAUCGAACCUAUUUUAACCAAAAAUUGAAGCCGUAUUAUAAUGAUUUGAAUCCUAAAGCUGUGACCACUGAUGAACUUUUUGGAGUUAUUAACCCGGCGACUCGAGAAUGGAAGGACGGGCUAUUUUCAGUUAUAAUGAGAGAUCAAGCAAACAUGACAGGAAACGAUCCAAAGUGGAUUAUUUUUGAUGGUGACAUUGAUCCAAUGUGGAUCGAAUCAUUAAAUACCGUGAUGGACGACAACAAAGUACUAACAUUGGCUAGCAAUGAAAGAAUUGCCUUAACUGAUCACAUGAGACUUCUAUUUGAAAUUUCGAACCUUAGAACAGCCACUCCAGCUACUGUUUCCAGAGCAGGAAUUCUUUACAUAAAUCCACAAGAUAUUGGCUGGUAUCCAUUUGCAAUCAGUUGGAUAGAGACAAGAGAUGGACCCGAGAGGGCGAAUUUAACCAUUCUCUUUGAUAAAUAUGUUCCAACACUGAUAGAAGUGAUGAAGAGCAAAUUUAAGAAAAUUACACCCUUACCAGACAUUUGUCACGUGGAGAUGUUGUGCAAUUUAUUGGAUUACUUUUUGACGAAAGAAAACGUACCCCCAGAUUGCCCCAAAGAAUGGUACGAAUUGUAUUUUGCAUUUUCCUGUAUCUGGGCAUUUGGAUCGGCGACUUUUCAAGAUCAGUUGAUCGAUUGGCGAAACGAAUUCAACAAGUGGUGGCUAAACGAGUUUAAAACAGUGAAAUUCCCAGCGGGCGGUAAUGUGUUUAAUUAUUUCAUUGAAAACGAAACGAAGAAGUUAAUUUCGUGGACCGAUAUUGUGAAACCUUUCGAAUUGGAUACCGACAUACCGCUUCAGUCUGCUUUGGUGCCGACUGGUGAAACGAUAUGCCUUCACUUCUUCCUGGAUGUUUUCAUUAAGGAAAAGGUACCGGUGAUGUUGAUUGGUGCUGCAGGUUCAGGGAAAAGCGUGAUCGUUGCUGAAAAAUUAGGGUCCCUUCCGGAUGACUACAAUAUCGCCGGCGUGCCUCUUAAUUAUUACACCACAUCUGAAAUGUUACAAAGGAUUAUGGAGAAACACUUGGAGAAGAAAACUGGCAGGAACUAUGGACCGCCAGGAUUAAAAAAGUUGAUCUAUUUCAUUGAUGAUAUGAAUAUGCCUGAAGUAGAUACUUAUGGAACUGUUCAGCCUCAUACGCUUAUCAGACAACACGUGGAUUACAGUCACUGGUACGACAGAAUAAAAUUAUCUCUGAAGGAAAUUCACAACACUCAGUAUGUUUCCUGUAUGAAUCCCACAGCGGGGAGUUUUACAAUUGAUCCUCGUUUGCAAAGACACUUUGCCGUUUUUGCAGUUAACUUUCCAACCCAGGAGAAUCUAAUAAUGAUCUACAGCCAAAUGUUGGAUCAACAUUUAACAAAUCCUCUGAAUAAAUUUAAUUUAGCGCUAACAAAAAUUGCAGAGCCACUGUUAAAUGCAGCACUGCAUUGCCAUAAAAGAAUUUCAACCACAUUUUUACCAACUGCAAUCAAAUUCCAUUAUGUAUUUAAUCUACGUGAUCUUUCAAAUAUUUUUCAAGGUAUUUUAUUUGCCAAUGGAGAAACUGUUUUAACUCCUAAUCAUCUGGUAAGGUUGUAUGUUCACGAAGCGACCAGAGUGUAUGCUGAUAAACUAGUCAAUAUGGAAGACGAAAAAACAUUUGACCAAUUGUUAAAGGAAUCGCUUCGUAAAAAUAUUCCUGAGCUAGAGGAGAAUAUUGUAUUUGCAGAACCAAUCAUAUAUUGCCAUUUUGCUGAGGGAAUUGGUGAAUCAAAAUACAUGCCUAUAAAAGACUGGCAACAAUUGAAUAAAUUACUGGACGAAGCUUUGGUUAAUUAUAACGAACUGGUGUCUGCAAUGAAUUUAGUAUUAUUCGACGAUGCCAUGUACCACGUUUGUCAAAUAAACCGAAUUUUAGAAUCACCCAGAGGAAAUGCAUUGUUGGUGGGUGUCGGAGGAAGCGGAAAGCAAUCUCUUUCUUCUCUCGCAUCUUUCAUUUCGAGUUUAGAGGUAUUUCAAAUACAAUUAAAAACCGGAUAUUCUUUGGAGGAUUUAAGAACCGACCUAGCAGGUUUAUACAGCAAGUCUGGCUUGAAAAGCAUCGGAAUUACUUUCCUGAUGACGGAUUCUCACGUUGCUGAUGAAAGAUUCUUGGUUCUUAUAAACGACAUGCUUGCCUUUGGUGAAAUUUCAGAAUUAUUUGCCGACGAGGAGGUGGAUAAUAUUGUAAAUGCUGUGAGAAACGAGGUAAAACAAACUGGUAUGAUGGACACGAAAGAAAAUUGUUGGAAAUUCUUCAUAGACCGAGUUCGAAAUCGACUAAAAUGUGUUCUUUGCUUUUCACCUGUUGGAACAACUUUAAGAAAUCGAGCCAGACAAUUUCCAGCUAUCGUUAACAACACUUCCAUAAAUUGGUUUCAAAGUUGGCCCCAGGAAGCUUUACGAUCUGUUUCUAGCAGAUUUUUAGGAGAAUUAGAGGAUCUUCCAAAACAGCUUAAAGAAUCAGCAUCUCUGUUCAUGUCGUUCGCGCAUACAAGCGUCAACGACAUUUCCUCGCAGUACCUCCAGAGCGAAAAAAGAUACAAUUACACGACUCCAAAAUCAUUUUUGGAACAAAUUGCGUUAUAUUCAAAGUUACUAGUGGAAAGAACCUACGAUGUGAUAGCAACGAUAGAAAGGUUAAAGAAUGGUUUAGAGAAAUUAGAAAGCUGUGCUGGACAAGUAAGCGAAUUAAGAGUUGUCUUAGCGGUUCAGGAAGGGGAACUGAAGAAGAAGAACGAGAUUGCAGACAAAAUCCUUGUCGAAGUUCGGGCAGAGAAUACAAAAGCCGAAGGGGAAAAAGCAUUUGUGUCGGAAGAGGAAGGAAAAGUAGCGGAAAUAAAGGAAAAAGUGGCAGAAAGACAGAAACGUUGCGACGAAGAUUUGGCAAGAGCAGAGCCUGCAGUUCGUCAAGCCGAAGCUGCACUCGACACUUUAAACAAGAAUAACUUGACUGAAUUAAAAUCGUUCGGAACACCACCGGCGCAAGUAGCAAUGGUGGUUGAAGCAGUUUUGGUCUUAUUUGCCCCAAAAGGGCAGAUUCCAAAGGAUAGAAGUUGGAAAGCGUGUAAAGCGAUGAUGGGUCACAUUGACACUUUUCUUUCUCAGCUUCGAAAUUAUGAUAAAGAAAAUAUUCAUGCUGAGGUUGUUAGAGCAAUUCAACCUUACAUCAACCAGAAAGAAUUUGAUCCAGAAAUUAUUUAUUCAAAAUCGCAAGCAGCAGCAGGACUCUGUAGCUGGGUAAAAAAUAUAAUGGUCUUUCAUUAUAUUAACGAUGCUGUAAAGCCAUUAAGAGCUGCACUUGCCCAAGCUAAUGCGGAGCUAAAAGCUGCUAUGGAUCGUUUGAACUCUUUAAGAGCAAGGCUAGAGGAGUUGCAAAAAGUGCUCGAUGUCUUGGGAGACAAAAUGAACGCAGCCUUAGCUGAGAAACAAAAGUGUCAGGACGAAGCUGACGCCACUGCGUUGACGAUCGAUCUUGCAAAUAGAUUAGUAAAUGGUUUAGCGUCAGAAAAGAUUAGAUGGACCGAGACAGUGGAAACGCUGACGAAUUCGAAGGUCACGAUACCCGGUGAUGUACUUCUUGUAACAGCAUUUUUAUCAUACAUGGGAUGCUUCACCCGAAAGUAUAGAACCGAUUUAAUGUACGAAAAGUGGAUUCCAUUUCUGAACGAUCUGGACGUGAAAAUUCCGAGGACCGAAGGUUUGGAUAUCCUAAGUUUACUGUCGGACGAUGCGCAAAUCGCACAAUGGAACAACGAAGGUUUGCCAACCGAUCGAAUGUCUUCUGAGAACGCAACAAUUUUAAUGAACUCAUCGAGAUGGCCCUUGAUGAUAGAUCCACAAUUACAAGGAAUAAAAUGGAUCAAAAAUCGAUACGGGGAAGACUUACGAGUCCUUAGGCUUACUCAACCAAAUUACUUGAACAAAAUUGAAGUCUCUAUUUCAAACGGAGAAACUGUAUUGAUUGAAAAUAUCAUGGAAUCGAUCGAUCCUGUUUUAGAUCCUGUUAUUAAAAGGGACUUAAUCAAGAAAGGAAGAGCAAUCAAAAUUUGGGACAAAGAAGUAGAUUACGAUCAUCGUUUCCGAUUGAUUCUACAAACGAAACUGGGCAAUCCUCAUUAUAAACCAGAGAUACAAGCUCAAACGACCCUUAUCAAUUUUACCGUGACUAAAGAUGGUUUGGAAGAACAACUUUUGGGAGACGUUGUAAAAGCUGAAAGACCUGAUUUAGAAAGUAAGAAAGCCGAGUUGACGACUCAACAAAAUACAUUUAAAAUUACGCUAAAAACUCUGGAGGAUGAUCUUUUGCACAGAUUGUCAGCCGCUGGACCGAACAUUUUAAGCGACGUCGAUCUCGUGAUAAAUCUCGAGACUACAAAAAAGACUGCUGCAGAAAUACAGAUAAAAGUGGCUGAAGCUAAAAUAACGUCUGUAAAGAUAGACGAAGCUCGAGAACUUUAUCGCCCUGUCUCGUCUAGAGCCAGUCUUCUCUACUUUGUUCUAAACGAUUUGAACAAAAUAAACAUGCUCUACCAAUUCUCCUUGAAGGCUUUCAGCGUGGUGUUUCAAAAUGCCAUCAAAUUUGCGGAAGCUGCAGACACGCUACCAAAACGUGUCGCGUUUCUGAUCGACAGCAUCACCCACUUGGUCUUCAUUUACACCAGCAGAGGAUUGUUUGAAAACGAUAAAUUAACGUUUCUUUGCGAAAUGGCCAUUCAGAUUUGUAUACAAGCGGAAGAAAUAUCGCAGGAAGAACUCGAUUUUCUAUUGCAAUUCCCCUACGUUCCCGACUUAACUAGCCCGGUAGACUUCCUAUCGAACGUUAGUUGGGGUGGAAUUAAACAUUUAAGUCAGAUGCAGGAUUUUGCAAAUCUAGAGAAGGAUAUAGAGGGUGCUGAGAAAAGAUGGAAGAAAUUCGUGGAGUCAGAAACACCUGAACGAGAAAGUUUUCCUCAAGAUUGGAAGAACAAAACUGCUUUUCAAAGACUGUGCAUUAUGAGAUGCCUCAGGCUAGAUCGAAUGACAUACGCGAUUAAGUUGGUUUACUUAAUGCUUGCUUAUUUGUUUAUAAAAAGUCAGAAUUCCCAAAAUUCCAUACUUUUAUUCAGGUGUUUCGUAGAAGAGAAAUUGGGUUCAAAGUUUGUAGAAUCUAGAUCUCCUCCUUUCCAUAAAUCCUUCGAAGAAACUAGCUCGUUCACGCCUGUGUUUUUCAUCUUGUCACCCGGUGUCGAUCCUUUGAAGGACGUAGAGAAACUUGGAAAACAAUUGGGUUUCACUUUUGAAGGAAGAAAUUUCCAUAAUGUAUCGCUGGGUCAGGGUCAAGAACCCGUAGCCGAAGAAGCGAUGGAAAUUUCAGCGAACGAAGGUCACUGGGUCAUACUGCAAAAUAUUCACUUGGUAAAAAGGUGGUUGCCCACAUUGGAGAAAAAAAUGGAGCAACUUUUUGAAAAUCCUCACGAAAACUACCGAUUGUUCAUUAGCGCUGAACCCAGUCCGGAUCCCCACGAAUCACUUAUACCUCAAGGUAUAUUAGAAUCUGCUAUAAAAAUCACAAACGAACCACCAUCGGGCAUUCAAGCGAAUAUUCACAAAGCAUUGGACAAUUUUACUCAAGAAACCCUUGAUUCCUGCAGCAAGGAAACUGAAUUCAGAGCGAUACUAUUUGCACUUUGUUAUUAUCACGCUGUAGUUGCGGAACGCAGGAAAUUUGGAGCACAAGGAUGGAACAGAUCGUACCCAUUCAACUUUGGCGACCUGACGAUCAGCGUGUCCGUGCUAUUUAAUUAUUUAGAAAACAGUCUCAAAGUACCUUGGGAGGAUCUUCGUUAUUUAUUUGGAGAAAUAAUGUACGGAGGCCAUAUUACUGAUGAUUGGGACAGAAGAUUAUGUAGAACAUACUUGAUAGAAUAUUUAAAACAAGAAUUAGUUGAGGGUGAAUUGUAUAUUGCACCUGAGUUUUUGGUACCACCUAACAGUGAUUAUUUAGCAUAUCAUAAAUACGUUGAUGAUUAUUUACCCGCCGAGAGCCCUGUUCUCUACGGACUUCAUCCUAACGCAGAAAUAGGUUUCUUAACGCAAACCGCAGACAACUUAUUCAAAACGUUAUUGGAAAUACUGGCAAGAAGCACAAGCGAUGCUUCAGCUGGCGAAAUGACAAGGGAAGAUAAGCUCAAAGGAAUUAUAGAAGAUUUACUGGAUAAACUACCCGAAGAAUUUAAUAUACAAGAACUUUAUAACAAGGUCGAGGAUCGCACACCGUUUAUUACGGUUGCUUUGCAAGAAUGCGAGCGGAUGAAUUCGUUGUGCGACGAAUUAAAAAGAUCUUUACACGAAUUGGAAUUAGGCUUGAAAGGAGAAUUAACGAUCAACGCUGAAAUGGAGGAUCUACAAAAUUAUAUACUGAUAGAUACCGUUCCACCGAGUUGGACAAAGAGAGCAUAUCCUUCGAGUUUAGGAUUAAACAGUUGGUUUGCCGACAUGUUAAACAGAAUAUCCGAGUUAUCCAACUGGACUGCAGAUUUUAAUUUACCUCCAUCAAUAUGGCUAGGUGGCUUCUUCAGUCCUCAAUCAUUUUUGACUGCAAUUAUGCAACAAGCUGCCCGGAGAAACGAAUGGCCACUAGAUAAAAUGUGUUUACACUGUGAAGUAAUGAGAAAAUAUAAAGAAGAAGUUACAUCGGCACCAAGGGAAGGUGCGUAUAUAAAUGGACUGUACAUGGAAGGUGCGCGGUGGGACGUUCAGGCAGGAUGUAUCAUGGACUCUCGGUUCAAGGACUUAUUUCCACUAAUGCCAGUAAUGUAUAUUAGAGCGAUUACGCAAGAUAAACAGGAUCUUAAAAAUAUAUACGAGUGUCCUGUGUAUAAAACACGAUCUCGAGGUCCCACCUACGUUUGGACGUUUAACCUGAGAACAAAAGAGAAGGCUAGCAAAUGGAUCCUUGCUGGUGUAGCAAUUUUACUACAAAUCUAAUUAUACUGCACGCACUAUGCAUGUCUU